GCUCAGCUAGCAGCCCAGGAACUGCAGUUGCAGGAAGAACAGAGCUCGAGAGUAUUACUAUUGGGAAGGAACCGCAACCAGCUUUUUUUAGUUUCAGGUUUGGGAGAUUUUCUCCAGUUCUCCGGCUCGGAGGUAUUUGUAGUUCUGUUUCUAGGAAAGGUGUUCUGUGGACACCAGACACGAACCAUGAUACGGAGCAAUGCGUCUGCCUGCGUGAAGCCACUUCAGAACAAGAAGGAGACGAGGAUAAACAAGCAAACUUCCUUGACGACAGUCAACAAACGGUAUGGAAUCCAACAACCAGUCAUCGCUGUUGCACCUGGUGCUAAUUGUAACUCGUGUCGCAAAUGCUCAGAUGGGUACAAGCCCCAUUUGUGGAGGAAAGUAUGUAGCGUGUGCUUUUGCCCCACUGAGCACCACGAGGGUGCCGAGGUUUCAGGUGGCAACACAGAUGGUGGUGCCGAGGUUUCAAAGAGUGCCUCGCUUAUGAGGGUUGAAGAAGACCUUGUGGGUGCCAUGACAACUCGCGAUCGCAUCAAGAAGCUCAAGAUCAGUGGUAACCUAUCCGAUGCCGUUCCGCAGUCCGAAUCGCCAGAUCACAGGUCUGGAGUCCUUUCAUCUGAUUCUCCUGAACAAAGAUCAUUUGUCCUUUCAUCCGGUACCUCGGAGCAAUUUGCCUCGCAAUCAACGGUGGAAGAAGCUACGUUCAAAUAUGUAUGGGCUCCAAAGGGACUGGAAACCGAUGAAAAGGUUGAGCAAUUCAUGGAGCAGCUGCCGGAAGAAGUACGCCCCAUGGGAACUCAUGACUCUACACAGGACUGGAAUCGGAGACAGAUGCACCAGAUGCCUCUUCACGACGCCAAGCUCAUGAAUGUAGACAUUCCUGAGCCUGAAAGAAUCGAGUUCAUUCAAAAGCGAGAGAAGGCAUUCUGCGAGGGUACUGUUAUUGAAGUUUCCAAGCAGCUCUGCGCAAACUGUAACGAGGUCAUUGACGAUUCCGAUCUUGCCGUCCAGUCCGACCUUUUGCCUGGCAAGUCCUGGCAUCCGGGUUGCUUCACCUGUCUCACGUGUAAAGAAUUCUUGGUCAACUUGGCUCAUUUCACUCACGACGGAGACCUGUAUUGCGGUCGUCAUCACGCCGAGCUGUCCCGUCCUCGUUGCGGUGGUUGUGAUGAGUUGAUCUUUGCUCAAGAGUACACCCUUGCCAGUGGCUCUAAGUGGCACACACACCACUUCUGCUGUUUCUUCUGUGACAAGCCACUCGGAACCGAGGAGGAAGAGUACGUCACUCAUGAAGGUCAGGUUGUCUGCCUGCCUUGCUAUGACGAUCAACUUGCUGGUCGUUGUCAAGUGUGCAAGGGAAAGAUUGGUGCAGGAGAGCAUCAACUGUCUUGUGAUGAACAUCACUGGCAUGAAGAGUGCUUCAAGUGUGACACUUGCAAAGUGUCAUUGGAUGCCGAUGACUUCAUGAUGAAUGAAGGAAAGGUCUUCUGCCAGGACUGCUACUCCGACAAGUAUGGAGAACGCUGUGGCAAAUGCGACAAGGUCAUCAAGGGACGACAAGUAAGUGCCAUGAAGAAAAACUUCCACCCAGAGUGCUUCACCUGCCAAGACUGCUCGUUGCUGCUGACAGGACUGAAGUUCUACAAGCGUGACUUCAAGUUGUACUGCAGUGGCUGCUAUGACCAGAAGUUUGCCGUGGCAUGUGCUGCUUGCGGUGACUACGUACGUUCGCAAGGCUUGCGCUGCAAGUCCAGGGUUUACCACAAGGACUGCUUCGUCUGCACCAAAUGCAAGAUUUCACUCUCGACUUGUCCUGUUAUCGCCAAGGAGACGGGUCUCUUCUGUCACAACUGUGUCGCGUAAUUUAUAUCAUCUGGAGGUGCGCCCACACUCUCCUGUUUUUAUGUUAUGUUGUCGUCUGUUGUUGCUUCAAGCGAUAGCUCAUUCCUGGUGUCUCGCUGUUCUAUGCCAGGGCGGCUUAUCCCACAAGAGAACAUUAUGUAUAGUAGUACAGGAGCCAAGUGGGAAAAAUGUGACUUCCCGUUCCCACUUUGGGUGUACCACGAUAUUUUUGGCUCAUAUGAUAGAGGGCCAUGUGUAGAUCACCCUGCCACUUGUCAUUUUCAGAACUUUCUGAAAGGUGGUGAAAAUUGCGAUUGAAAUUGUCUAUAAUUACCAUGGCAACCGGAUACAAAAUUAGGAUUUGUGUCAUUUUGUAUUGCUUUUACACCACUUUGCUAUUGGCAUCUCCAUGUAUUUGCUCCAAGCAUUCUAACUGAAGUGUUUUGAAGCGAGAAUAAGAACUCUUUUCUUCUUGGUUACCAUGGUAACCACGAACGAUCUACAAAAUGACAAUAAAAAAGAAUCAAUCAACUUCAGAAGUG